AUGCCAAUCCUACCACAUCUCCCCACCCACUCCCAAACACCCCCGAUCCACACGGCCCGACUUCUCCUCCGACCGUUUCGGGCCGCGGAUCUUCCCGCCCUUCAUGUCCUCCGAACCACUCCCGACGUGAUGCGCUGGACCCGCCAGGGCCGCAUCGACGCCACCACAGAAGAAACAAGUAAAUGGAUGCAACGCUUCACCCAAGACACCGAACCAGGCGAACAACCAAACUACAAUUUCGCCGUCCUACGCAAACCAAUCUCGGGCGCAGUCCAUGCUACGGAGUCCGAGGAAGGCGAUGUUAUCGGCGUUAUGGGCAUCGUGUCUAUUUCCCCGGAGGACGGUCCGGAGGUAGGGUAUCUAUUUCUGCCUGAGACGUGGGGCAUGGGGUAUGCGACGGAGGCUCUGAGGGGGUUUGCCGAGGCGUGGUGGAGGUUGCCGGUUCCGGGGGAUGGCGUCUCUAGGAACGGUGAGGGAGCUGAAGAAGUGGGGACUUUGCGCGCUGUCACGGAUAAGACGAAUCUGGGGAGUGCGAGGGUGUUGACGAAGUGUGGUUGGACUGUUGUGGGGGAAGGUGUUGAUGGUGAGGAUGAGAAGAAGGUGGAAUUGUUGUAUUGGAUCUUGCGCCGUCCUGGGAUUUGA